ACGGACCAAUCGCUUCAUCUCGAGAACCUCGAAAACCACCGAGGCACCGUCUUUCUUUCGACCCUUUUGGCACGUUCACACGCUCAUAAACUCGUCGUACGAGACAAAAAGCCGGCGGUUUCGAUCAGGAAGUUCUCACCGUUCGGUGUGCAUCGUCGUCCCCCUUUUUCUGUUGGUAGUAGCCGAGGUUCUUGUCGUUAAACCUUAGAGAUAUGGCGGAGGUAGUGGCGAUGGAUGGCGUGGACAAGAGGAAGGUGAUGGUGGCGAUCGACGAGAGCGAGUGCAGCCACCACGCGCUCGUGUGGGCCCUCGACAACCUCAAGGACUCGCUCUUGAGCUCGCCGCUCGUCGUCUUCAUGGCUCAACCCCCUUCUCCGCAGAAUCUCUCCUUCGCUGCUAAUCUCGGCCUUGCUCGCAUGUACUGCCCUGUUUCUGCCGCUCCAGACUUUGUGAAUUCCAUCCGAGAGCAACACAGGAAGCUUACGCUGGCUUUCUUGGAUAAGGCCAAGGAAAUUUGCGCUGCACGAGGGGUUAGUGCAGAGACUAUUACAGAAGUUGGGGAUCCGAAAGUAGCAAUAUGUGAUGCCGUUGAAAAGAACAAUGUCACGCUUCUCAUUUUAGGCGACCGCGGACUUGGAAAGAUCAAACGGGCUAUUCUUGGGAGCGUGAGCAAUUACUGUGUUCAGUAUGCAAAGUGUCCUGUUCUUGUUGUGAAGAAGGCGGACUAAAGAUAGGAAAGUUGGUACAUGUUUGUGUUAAAAUCUAAUUGACAGUUUGCAUAUGUCAAAGGCAAAGGAUACACACAGGCGAGGGUUUCAUCCAUUGAUCUAGUUUAAAAUAUCUUGGCUGUUGAAAAUAUAUGGAGUGUGGUUGUGUUAUAAAUUCAUUCCCUCUGUGUCUGUUGUUGCAUGCGAUGGGACUAACAAUCUAUACUUGUAGUCUCAUCCACACCUGUCAAUCAGAAGCUGUACGAUAUUGUUCCACUCCCUUUAUACUUUUGCACCUCAUUUUGUA